AUGUUCCAAAUGGAGAAGCGUAGCCUUCAGAGUCCCUCGGGCGAGUGUUACGAGACAACGGCUAUCGUCUCCACAAAUUCCGUGCAGUUUCAGCCAACUCCGGAGCAAUUCUAUGCUCUCGUAGAUGCCUGUACCAAAAACCGUUAUGCGGAGCAGUAUACCAUUGCACCCUCCCAAACCUUCGCCCCACAUGCCAUGUCCGCGUCGCCAUUCGAAAGGUGCUCAUCGGGCUCGACGUAUAGCUCGUCUUCAUCAUGCACCCCUUCCUCCGACGGCAUCACAACCCCUAGCACGACACCAUCUCCGCCAGAGCAGAUGUACGAAGACAUGAUCCUUGAUGAGGGGACAAUUCAAACGCCAUCAUUCGCAUCAAGCACCGACUUCAACCAGCAUCGUGAUUUUGGCAUCUUGGAUGGUGCCUGCUCUGCUCAGUCCUUCUCGGAUCUGUCGGCCCAGGUGAUGCUAGGUGACCUCAAUCACCAAGCCUGCGAUGCGGUCUCAGAGAUGGAUCAGGCAGUAUCAUACGGGUACUAUGACCACCUGACGGCCACAAACCUGGCUUACCCUCAGAGCGAUCUUCGGCACGCGUAUCCGGACGCCACUGUCGGUUGUAUGGCAUUGCCUCCCGCAGUACCGUCCUGUGCCACAGAGGCCUACGCGACUGCGAUUUCUGGAUCACAUCAAGCUUUCAUUCAAGCACCACCAUUAUCAUCGUAUCUCGCGCCGUCAUCUGCUUCGCUCCCACAGCCCUCCGCAGAACCAAUGCUCGUUCUACAUCAGCCGCGUCCUGUACGAUCGAUUCCCAUUGCCUCCUGGACAGAUUGUUUGGAUCGCUUCCAGAAUCAGCCCGAACCAGGAGAUGUCGAGAGGCGGACAUCUCCAAGCGAUGCCGAAUGCUCAGGAGGUGAUAGUUUAUCAGCUUCGGAGAUGGGGCAGGAGGAGAUGAAUGGGUCUUCAUUAGAAGAAUGCUCUUCGUAUGGGGAUGGCGUCGAGAUGGGCCCGAGUAUACGUCUGGGAUAUGGGACGUACACGCUAGACUCGUCUUCGCUCUUGCAUCAACCGGUUUCGGAAGCCGUUCUCCAUGGCGCGUAUCCAGAUACAGAACCAGCGUCUUCGACGUCAGGUGUCGACGACUCGCAGCACUCGCAAGUUCCACAGUGGGUAUUUCCCGCCGACCUUUCGUCUGUCCCUGCGUCGGCUCCUUCGCCGACAUUUGCAGCGAACCAUGAAAUGCUCAUGAAAGAGACAGCGAGUUGGACCUGGUUCGACGAAAUCUUCGUAUGA